ACAUAUAACUUUUUCUCUCUUUCUCACAACAAUUGUUCUAUCUUUCCAUUCCUCCAACUCUAUCCAACCGAACAAUCCAACGGCUAUGGAAGGUCUUGAUAACUUAAGGGUGGCCUCGUUUUCGGCUUACCUAAACCCCGUGGAUCAAGAAAGCUUUGCCCUAAAGCUUGCCUCGGUUGUUCAAGAAUCUGUUCCCGCAAUUAUGUCACAGGAGGAGACUCCUCGCGCGGUUAGCUUCAGACGCACGAAACCGGGAAAAGAGAGCGAAAUUGGUAUAUUCAGUGCCGACAAAUAUUUCAACAUAAAGAUGGAAUACAAGUCGCCAAAAUCCAACGAUGGAAGAGAAUUGCAAACGAGUCAACGAAAUGAUAACUCGUUUAGCGAGAAAGAGCUCAAACCCAGUAUGUCGACGGUUACUACAAGUGUUUGCACCGAAUCAAGCUGGAAUAGCCAAAUAGCACUCUUGCCUACUCUCCAUGGAAAUUCAUCAAGGCCUACUAAGCCGAAAAGAACUAAUGGAAGAGGAGGAAAGUUUUUCAAGGGAUUUGGUUGCCGUGGUCCAUGUAGAGGUAAUAGAGAGGAGUCAAAAGAAAUGGUUUCGGAUUCAUCUAGAAGCCUUAAGUCGGGAUCGAAAUCCCAAGAGCAAUUCGCGUUCCCAAUUCUCAAUGUAAAGAACGACCAGAAUCCUCCGAUGUUAAAGAAGCUAAGCGAGGACCCUCGUAACUCAAUAGAAGUUUUUGGUUCUCAAAAGGUGAAAAAAGGUGAUGAAAUGAAUCAAAUGGUAGCCAAGAAUCUCGAAAGGAAACUCUCAAUGUUAACAUGGGAUGCAAUUCCCAAAAAAUCGCCUUAUAACUUUCCAACUAUCAAGCCCACAGCCGGGCCUGUCGAAGAAGCGAUGAGCGACGCAAGCUCUGAUCUUUUUGAGAUCGAAACUCUUUCCGGAAUCGGCCUCCCCUACUUGACCGUGCCACAAGCAACCGACGAUGCAUCCGGUUGCAUGACACCAACGACACUAUACGAGCCUAGCGAGGCCAGCAUUGAGUGGAGCGUCGUCACAGCCAGUGCAGCUAAUGAUUUCUCUUUCGCGUCGGAUUUCGAUGAUCGUAGCAUGGCGGGAGACCUAAACCUAAUCCCGAUGAGUAGAAAUGUAGUAGGAACGAAGAACUUGAUCAUGGCCAAGGGAGGGAACAAAAACAAGGGAGGUGGCUUGCUCGGGUGUAAGAACCAAAAAGCUGUUAGUGUCGUGGAAGGCACCGUUAUAUAAUACAAAGAAAACCGAGAUUCUAAACUGUUUUUUGUCGGGUUUUCACACAAAAUAUAUAUGAUUAUCCUUUUCAAGGAAUUAGUUUAUGAUCAUGUUUAAUAAAAUGCAAAAAUGUCGGUUUGUUAUGUGAUGAAUUAUUCUAUAUUGUAUGCA